AUGGUAAAAAAACCUCGACAACAAAUAUUACUACCAAUCAAAAAAGAUCAAGAAGAAAUCAAUACUACAAAGAAACACAAUGAAAACUAUGUGAAACAUUUAUUAAACUUUCCGGAUGAAAUUAUUGUAUUAAUAUCGAAAACACUGUCACUAAAAGAUAUAAUGAAUUGUAGAUUAGUUUGUAAAACUUUUAGUGAAACCUACAAUGAUUUCGAAAUGUGGAAAGGAAAAUUCUUUCAUCUCAACCCUAACAAGUCAAUUGAAAAACCAUUGUUAACUUUGACUAUCAAACCCUCUGGGAGACUCUGUCCAUCAGCUGCAUCAUACAAUAACUCGAUUUAUAUUUAUGGUGGUGACAAUGGUUACAAAGAUCAAGUAAUGAAUCUAAUUGGUGAAGUAAAGAGUGAUGUUUGGCAAUAUAAUAUAGAUACAAACUUAUGGAAUAAUUUAGAGAUAGUAGGAAAUGCACCAAAGCUAACUGAACAUAGUGCUGUAGUUUGGAGAGAUAAUAUGAUAUUAUUUGGUGGUAGCACUGGAUCUGUACCUCAAUACUCAAACUCUGUCUACAGCUUUAACUUUAAUACCAAAAUAAUUACUCAUCAUACUACUACAGGCAAUGGACCGACUGCUAGAUCAGCUCACUCUGCAAUUUGCUAUGAAGACUCAAUGUAUAUAUUUGGUGGUUGGGAUGGAUAUGAAUCAAAUAAUGAUAUUUAUAAACUAGACCUUAAAACAAAUGUUUGGUCACAAAUUAAAUCUGAAAAUGCUCCAUCGAAAAGAAGAGCACACAGUUCUGUAAUAUAUAAGAAUAAUAUUUAUAUUUUUGGUGGUUUUGAUACAAGUAAAAAACCAGAAACAUUUAAUAUACUAUAUAAAUUUUCUUUAGAAAAUGAAACAUGGAGUGAAGUCGAAUGUUUUGGAGAUAUUCCAAGAGGAAGAUCUCGUGCUUCAAUGGUCGAAUUUAAUGAUAAGUUAUUUUUAAUCGGUGGAUGGGAUCGAAUCGAUUACUUCCAAGAGCUCCAUGAAUUCAAUAUUGCAACGAGUCAAUGGAAGAAGUUGGAUGCCAACAUCGAAGAGAUGAGCAUCGGGCUGGGCCAAAACUCAGUCUCUGUCUUGGAGAAUAGAAUGGUUAUUUUCGGUGGAUAUAUACCAAAGAAGAAAGUAUCUACAAAUGAAUUAUUCUCAAUAAGAUUGGCAUAA